AUGUCCGAGGUGAAGAGCCGGAAGAAGUCGGGGACGAAGGGAGCCCCGGCGGAGCCUGGGAAGCGGAGCGAGGGCGGGAAGAGUCCCGAGGCUCGGGGUGGUGGAGGCAGGGGCUGGGCCGACCCCCGGACCGGCGUGAGCCUGCUGUCGCUGGGGACGUGCUUGGGCCUGGCCUGGUUUGUAUUUCAGCAGUCAGAAAAGUUUGCAAAGGUGGAAAACCAAUACCAGUUACUGAAGAUGGAAACCAGUGAAUUCCAAGGACUUCAAAGUAAAAUCAGUUUAAUUUCAGAAAAGCUUGCCUCUACUGAAAGUAUCCUGCAGGAAGCUACAUCCUCCAUGUCUUUGGUGACCCAGUUUGAGCAGGAAGUAGCCACCCUCCAAAGAAUCAUGCAUGACAUUCAAACCAGUGAAGAGAUGCUCACCCAAAAGAUGAAAAGCCUUAAUGAGAAAUUCCAGAAUGUUACAGAUUUCUGGAAGAGAAGCCUAGAAGAAAUGAACGUUAAUACAAACAUUUUCAAAUCAGAAUCAAAACAUAUACAUUCUCAAGUCACUGUCCAAAUUAACUCAGCUGAACAGGAAAUAAAAUUGCUCACUGAAAGGCUAAAAGACUUGGAAGACAGCACAGUCAGAAAUAUUAGAACUAUACAGAGACAAGAAGAAGAGGAUCUUCUGCGAGUAGAGGAGCAGCUUGGCUCCGACACAAAAGCGGUGGAGAAGUUAGAGGAGGAGCAGAAUGCUCUCUUUGCCAGAGAUGAAGACCUGACUAACAAACUCUCCAGCUACGAACCCAAAGUUGAAGAAUGCAAGACACAUUUGCCGAUGAUUGAAAGUGCUGUUCGCUCUGUUCUGAGAGUCUCUCAGGAUCUGAUCGGGACAGAAAAGAAAAUGGAAGACCUGACCCUUCAGAUGUUUAACAUGGAAGAUGAUAUGCUGAAAGCAGUAUCUGAAAUCAUGGAGAUGCAGAAGACCCUGGAAGGAAUUCAGUAUGACAAUAGCAUAUUAAAGAUGCAGAAUGACCUGGAUGUUCUCAAAGGAAAAGUUCACGAUUUUAUAGUAUAUUCAAGCACAAGAGAAAAGGGGACUCCAGAAGAAUACAAUCUAGAAAAUAAAGAAAGCGAUAGUGAUUUCUAA